AUGCAGAUCAACUCUGCAGGUGUGACUCUUUCACAGAGCAAAUCAAUACGCGUCGUAGAUGUACCUGGGCAUGCCAGACUACGAAACCAAUUCGAAGAAUACCUUCCCGAGACGAAAGUCGUCGGAUUUGUCGUAGACGCAAGCACAAUAUCGCGUAAUGCGCCCGCUGUAGCAGAGCAUCUUCACCACAUAUUACACGCUCUCACGUCAUUUCCGCCGUCACAACAACCGCCUCUGCUCGUUAUACUCGCCCACAAAGCUGAUCUAUUCAAGUCAACCUCGUCUUCCAACGCAAACACAAGUACGCUGGCGAUCAAUAGGGUCAAAGCAAUCCUUGAGCGAGAGUUAGAGAAGAGAAGAGCGUCACAGAGUGGAGGGGUCAAUGUCGAAGGGUUGGGUGAGGAGGGUGAGCGUGCAGAUAUGGGAGGCCUGGAAUGCGGAGAGAAGGAGGGUUCGGCCUUCAAGUUUGACGAAUGGGAGGGAGGAGACGUCGUGUUCCUGGGUACAUCCAUUGUAUCUAGUUCCAGCGAAAAGGUUGCGUCCGAAGGCAGCCUCGAAACUUUAUGGGAAUUCCUGGCAGAUAAUAUGUAA